AUGCUGCAGGCGAUCGCGGCCACCUCGCGGGCGCGCCGCGUCCUGGAGGUCGGGAGCUUCUGCGGCGCCGCGGCGCUGGCGCUGGCCGAGGCGCUGCCCGAGGGCGGGGAGGUGCUAUCGCUGGAGCUGGACGAGUACGCGGUGGACUUCGCCAAGCGUUUCCAGACGCGCAGCCCCUUUGGCCACAAGAUUAAGCACAUGGUGGGGCCCGCGGAAACCUCCCUGAAGGAGCUCGCGGAGAAGGCCGUGGACGGCAAGCCUUUCGAUCUCGUCGUACUGGAUGCCGACAAGGAACGUAUGGAGAUGUAUCUCGAUCUGCUCAGGAACACCCCGGGGAUGCUUAGCGAGGACUCCGUCGUCUGCAUUGAUCUCACCCCUUUCAAGGGACAGCCGCCGCUGCGCUACCAGAAAUAUGGCUUCCCUUACCUGGAAGAAGGGUCUGGUCAGAAGGCCAUCGACGCCCUGCGAGCCAGGAUGGCCGCCGAGCCGGAUGUCGCCGCGUACGAGUUUGGGCAGAUGAUGGUAGUGCAGAGGAGGCGGAACUAGUAGGCCCCGCCGGCAUAGGCGCCUCGACAGCUCUCAGCCAGGAUGCAACUCUGGGCUAGUUACAUUCAGCAUCGACGCUGGUAUCUCUCUGGACGAAAACUGGCCGAAUCUGGCAUGGUCAUGCUUGAUCCCUUUGUUGGGGAAGAAGGCCAGGGAGCGAUGGGGCAGAUGGCUCAUAUGGCCUCUCGAAGAAGAGGCAGAGCUACACAGUUGCGGCCUGGGACCAGCGACAGAUGUCGUCGGAUGCCCGCACAGCAGGCGCCAGAGCAUGUUUAGAUUCCGCGUCGCGCAAAUAAUUUCAAGAGCGUCUUUGCAGCCUUUCGAGCUGUCUUCAGUGGAUGAUCGUUUCAAUGUGCGCGGAUUUUCUCAAGCCGGGGUUCGUUCCCCCCGGAGAGCGCCCCCCCCUACGAUGGCCAGUGUGGUUCGACCGUGGUCCGUCGCAGAACGGGAAGUCUUGCUCUCCUGACCUCUAGCGGCUCCCCCCCCUCCGACCUUCCCGUGGGGUCAUACUCUCGAAUAUUGUGAAAGCCUUGCGGCCAGUGCCGCCGA